AUGGUAAAUGUAAGCAAGGAGCCAGUUCUUGUAGCCAAAAGUCCAGACGUCUACAGAUCCUGUAAAGAUGUGAAGAACUCCACAAACCCAAGACAACUGGUUCAACUGUCGUCUGGUCUUGUCGUCAUGUGUGACACAGUGACAGAUGGAGGGGGCUGGACAAUUUUUCAACGUCGUGUCACUGGGAUCGUCGAUUUCUACAGAAACUGGACGGAGUACAAGAACGGCUUUGGCGAUUACGGCAUUGGUGAUUUCUAUCUGGGCAAUGAAAACAUUUACUGUCUUAGCUUAAAAUACCCCCACGAGAUUCGUUUCGAUAUGACUUACAAAGGAAACAACUAUUACGCCCGUUAUUCUUCUUUUAGCUUUGGUUCAGAAAGUCAGGGUUAUGAAAUAUCUGUAGGGGUUUAUUCAGGCACGGCCGGCGAUUCUUUUACUAAGAAAAACAACAACCAGAAGUUCAGCACGUAUGACGUGGACAACGAUACAAAUUUAGGUGGAAGCUGUGCUGUCCAAUACCACGGCGCCUGGUGGUACGGCAACUGUCACGAAGUCGCCCUGAACGGCGUCUGGGGAAGUAAAAGCUACAGCAUGGGACUGAAAUGGUAUGCCAUCACAAACUCGUACGACAGUGUCAGCAGCUGCGAGAUAAAAAUAAGACCGUUAACAUAG